UGUGAGUGGUCGGUCUGGAGUUAAAUCCCAUGAUUCUGGCCCCACUCUGAGGAUAUGAAGUGUAAAUUUAUUGUGGAAAAAGUGUGGCAGCUGACGCGCAGCAGGCAGAGCAGCAGCUCCACCUGCUCACACUGUCAGACUGAUCACAGAGCCACACAGCACCGUCCCGGUGUGACCGAAACCACACAAACACCUUCCCUCCCGGGACGUUUGAGAUGCACCGUUAACGUUUUCAGCGGGACCUCAUUUCGGACUCUGAGAUGAACGUAAAGUGGACAGUGAAACGAUUUCUUCUUAUGUCGUUUUCAAUCUCUCAUUUGCUGGUACUUGAGGGAACUCAGAGCCAACUUUCAGACACAGAAAGACGACUACAAAGAAGGGCUAAUGCACUUCGGAGGAAACGGGAUCUCCUCGGGGAGGAGGUUGGUACACUACACCUAAGAGAACCAGAGGAGACAUACAGGCCUCUGUUGUCAGAAGGCGCUCUAUCGCGCAGCCUUUUACACAACUACACAGCCAGAGAUGCCUCUUCAGAAUAUUGUGGUUGCCUCAAUGGUGGCUGGUGUCAGGAGGGCGGUAUGUGUGACUGUGCUCAGUUCCAGGCACUGGGAGACCGCUGCCAGAUCAUACCAAACCAGGGCCAGGAUAGAGACGGAAUCUGCAAGUCAUGGGGUCAGCACCACUACGAAACAUUUGAUGGGAUCUACUUUUACUUCCCUGGAACCUGCUCUUACAUUCUGGCCCAAGACUGUCACUCAGCUACACCACAGUACACAGUGUGGGUCCACAACAGCAGAGUGUGCGAUGGAAGUGUGUAUGCGUGCCCACGAGCCCUCAGCCUGUUCUUUCCUAACGAGGAGGAGAUCCAUAUAUCUGGAUAUCAGGUUCACCAGGGAGGUCGCAGGUUAAGUCUGCCACAAAAUGCAGGCGGUGUGUUUAUUGAACGGCUGGCUGAUUACCUUCUGGUGAAGAGUGUGUUCGGCUUCUCUUUGGCAUGGGAUGGAGACUCCGGUGUCUACCUGAAAAUGAGCGAGGAGCACCAGGGUGUGCCGUGUGGCCUGUGUGGUAACUUCAACCACAUUGCUGGCGAUGAUCUCACCACUGCUCGUGGCAUUCAGACAGAUGAACCUGCAUUAUUCGCUAACAGCUGGGCAGUGGAUCUGCCUCAUGAGAGACUUUGUCCUUCUGUAGACCUUGACUUUAAUGGGCCCUGCCAGUCUGAAUCAGACAUGGACGAUGCCAUAGAAAAGUGCAGUGCACUUCUCUUCUUUCCAUUUCUGUCCUGUCAUGAAAAUAUUGAUCCAAACCCCUUUGUGGCCAGCUGUGUCUCUGACCUCUGUGUAUCAGAUGAUGAGGAAACCUUUUGUCGAGCUUUGGUUGAGUACACCCGAGCUUGUUCACAUGUUGGAUACCCAGUGAGGGAAUGGAGGGACAGCUUCCCCUCUUGUAAUGACGGCUGUGAAGAUAGUUUUGUCUACAGAGACUGUAUUAGUUGCUGUCCACCCACAUGUACAUUUGACAAAGAGUGUCUUGGAACCAACCUGCAUUGCCUGGAUGGCUGCUACUGUCCUGAUGGUUUUAUUUUGCACAAUGGAACAUGUAUCACUGCUUCUCAGUGUCCGUGUGUGUACCACGGAACAUCAUAUGUACAGGGACACGUCCUCCAGCAGGGAUGUAGUGUUUGUGUGUGCGUGGGCGGUGUGUGGAACUGCACUGAGAACAACUGCACAGCGGAGUGUUCAGUUGUCGGGGAUGUGUUCGUGACAACAUUUGAUGGGAGAAUGUUUCUCCAGCCCGGAUCGUGUCAGUACAUCCUGGCAAAGAGCCGCAGCAGCAGCAACAGAUUCACCAUCACCCUUCAGUAUACGACGUGUGCCGAGCACCAAGUGUGUAUUCAGUCUGUGACUGUUGUGUUGGAUGAGGAUGUGAGUCACCAGGUUACGAUGACAAGAGAGGGGGAGGUGAUCAUCGGGGUCACCUCAGCACCCAUCCUGCCCUAUGCUGAUGAUGCUGUGGAGGUGCGUAAGCUGACCUCUGUGUUUACACAGCUGAAGGCAAGGAUUGGUCUGAAGCUGCAUUACAAUGGUCUGGGGGGGCGGGUCUAUCUGCAAGUGGACAGCCAUUGGCGUGGACUGACGCUGGGCCUUUGUGGAACCUUCAAUGGAAAUCUGCGUGAUGACUUCCUAUCUCCAGCAGGUAUGAUCGAGGGCACUCCUCAGCUUCAUGCCAACGCUUGGAAGGUGUCAUCCGCUUGUGCAGCUCCAGUUAACCUGCCCAUCAUAGACCCAUGUGAGACGAACCAACACAAUGUUUUCUAUGCGGCACAGUGUGAGGUGCUUUUGGGAAGUGUGUUUGCUUCGUGUCAUGGCCACAUCAGUCCAAACGUCUACCAGCAUCUGUGUCGCUACCAGGCGUGUCGCUGUGGGAGUAGCUGUUUGUGCACGGCGCUGGCUCACUAUGCUUACCUCUGCUCCAAACAUGGUGUCAACAUUGACUUCAGAUCACAAGUGUCAGAGUGCGGUGUGGUGUGUCUCGGAGGUAUGCUGUAUCACUCGUGCGUGUCGUCCUGUGGACGCUCGUGCCGUGCCCUGUCCACUCUGGAGCUGUGUAAUAUUGGCGACUGUGCCGAGGGGUGCGGCUGCCCAGAAGACACUUACUAUGACGAUGUGCGGCAGCGCUGUGUGCAGCUGUCUCGGUGUCACUGUUACACCAUGGGCGGUGUGUCGCAACCAGGAGAAGUGACCUUCAGUGCCUCUGGCCCCUGCCUUUGCAGAAAUGGGAAGCUGGAAUGUGUCCCAGAGGAAAGAGAGCCAGAUAGUACAGAAGUUGGAGAGUGUCCUGAGGGGAAGGUGUACCACAGCUGCAAUGAGCAAAGAGGAGGUGUGGCCUGUGCGCCAACGUGUCGUAACCUCAUGUUGAACCUUACCUGCCCUCCCAAUGCACCUUGCAUCCCCGGCUGUGUCUGUCCUCCUGGGCUGGUACUGCACCAUGGUGAGUGCUACUAUCCAGAGCACUGUCCGUGUGCCUGGAUGGGUCAUGAAUACCUGCCUGGAGAAACUGUGGAAACCCCAUGUUAUAAAUGCGUGUGUCACCGUGGCUAUUUUAACUGCAGCUACUCACCAUGUCCAGCUGUGUGCACUGUCUACAGUGACAGACACUACCACACAUUUGAUGGCCUUGAGUAUGAUUACCACUCUGACUGUCAGGUCUACCUACUCAAAAGUGCAGGAGAAACGGAGAUGUCUGUUGUUGCCCAAAACAAAGACUGCUAUGAGAGCGGCAUUGUGUGCAUGAAAAUCCUGGUCAUUCAUGUGGGACUUACCAAGAUCUACUUCACUGACAAUUCUGGCAGCCCUAGCCCGUCCACUGUCGUGGGUCGAGGGUCGGAGUUUGAGCUGUGGAAAGCAGGCUACUACACUGUGGUCCACUUCUCCCACCAGGACCUCACCAUCCUCUGGGAUCGUAAGACAACUGUUCAUAUCAGAGCUGGACCUCAGUGGAAGGGUCUGCUCACCGGACUGUGUGGAAACUUUGAUAGUGUGACAGUGAAUGAUAUGAUGACCUCUAGCCACAUGGAAGUCAAUAAUGCACAAACAUUUGGAGACAGCUGGGCCUUGGGACAGUGUGAAAGUGACUAUGUAGUUGAGCGACCGUGUGAAGGCGACUUAGGGAGACAGCCAUACGCCAAGAGGGAGUGUGCUCUCCUCUACAGUGAUGUCUUUGCACCUUGUCACAAUGUGGUGGAUGUGGCCUGGUUUUAUCGGAACUGUCUCACAGACACUUGCAAUUGUAACCGUGGGGGAGACUGUGAGUGUCUCUGUACCUCCAUUGCUGCAUACGCUCAUAAAUGCUGCCAACAGGGAGUUACUAUACACUGGAGAUCACCCUCUGUUUGUCCCUAUGAUUGUGAAUACUACAAUCAAGAGCUUGGUAAUGGUCCAUUUUCCUUGGUAAGUGCUGUCUAUAACAACACCAUGUUUGGAGCGAAUUACACCAGUGGUUCGGUGUUUCCUCUCGUGAGACCGAGACCAGGACAGUUACCAGCUCCUGGGCCGCUGUUCAACUUCAUGAUUACAGCAGGCCUGCAAAAGGACCGAACAUCCCGUGUGCCCGUGGUGUCACUGGAGUCUGCAGAGAGGCCGAACUACUUCCUUGUCGUGUCUGGACGCAGUCAUCUUCACUUAGAGCACUGGAGUCGGGGGCCGGAGUUCAGUCGCAGGGCAACCUUUAUCCACCGCCAGGGGCUUUUUCUCCCAGGUCGCAUCUCAUUUGAGCUUGUUGGCCAACCUGGAGUGUUUCUAACACUGACACGCACUGCUGCACGGGCCCAGAAAUACGACAGCUCAGAGGGCUUCAAAGCUAGCAGCAGCUUCAUAGUAGAGGAAACUACUUUUGUGAUUCCAUACCGAUUGAUGUGUGAGUGGCGUUACCAGUCCUGUGCUAGUCCGUGUGUCCGCACUUGCAGGGAUGUAGAUGCACAGCGCUGUCAGUUCCUACCUCCUGUGGAGGGCUGCUUUCCCCGUUGUCCCAAGAACAUGGUCUUUGAUGAAGUCACGAAAAGAUGUGUCUAUAUGGAAGACUGUGUGUCCCUUCCGCCAACUCCCACACCAUUUGCAUAUGUGACGCGGUCCAAUAGGACUACAACCUCACCAACAACUACAAGCACAACUACUACCACUACAACAAGGCCUACAACAUCUACCACAACCACCACGACAACCACUACAACCACCACCACCACCACCACCAGAUCGACAACUACCACCUCCACUACCGUCAAACCCACAACAACCACUCCCACUACCACAGUGACCACUGAGGGAGUUACCCCGCCGACAUCCACACAUCCCACCACUCCCACUCUCACCACUCUUACCACCUCAACCUUACCUGACAAAACCACUCUGAGCACAACUGAAAUGACCCCCACUCAAACUACAGUGACCACAGGGGUCAGUACAUCUGUAACUACAGCAACACCCUCCACUGUCCCUACUGAGGCCACUACAGCCUCCACUACACCACUCCCUUCUACUUCUGCCUCCACAAGACAACCUCCAACUACAACCAUCACCACUAUUACACCAUCAACACCAGCCCUAACAUCACCUGUGACCUCCAUCCCACCUCCCUUUACCUCCCCCACCACAGAGCCAACCACAGCCAUCACACCCACCCCAACCUCCACCCCUUCCACUACUGUACAAGAAACAAGCGCAGAAACCACUACCACUUCUCACCGUGUACCACCUGCUAUGACCGCCACUGCAGAAACCACCACUCCUACAGAACUCUCAACGGUUGCUUCUACAACCACAGCAAUUGUUCCUACAACCUUGGAAUCCACAACUGAACCUGUUACCACAGAAAUAGUGACAAGCCCCGUCACCUCUCCCACAACUGAAGUAUCCUCUACCCCCACCUUCCUGCGGCCCACCACUCCCUGCACUCCUCCUUACUCCUACCGGAUAGAUGAAUGUGCGGAGCUGAUCUGUUUUAAUGGCGAGCUGCUGCUUCACAACUCAUCCCUCCACUGUCGCUACCACACUGCACCACCACAGUGCAGUCUGCUGGGUCUGCCCAUCCUCAUCAACACAGACCCCUGCUGUCCACAGUGGCAGUGUCCUUGUCGCUGCACUGUGAUGUCGGACCUGCGUGUCAUCACCUUUGAUGGUAACAACGUGGCUUUAUAUGACAACGGCUCCUAUAUUCUUGUCCACCUGCCCAGAGAAACCAUUAUUGGCACUGUGGAGAAAUGUCCAACCAGCCAGAGUGUAAACUCCAUCAGACGAACUAGUCCGACAGGUGGGACAUCAGGUCUGUGUUUUAAGAAGCUAAACAUUACGACUUCUGCCUUCAGAAUUAUUAUCAACCGUCUGGAUCGCAAGGUGUCAGUGAACUACAGACCUGCUCGCCUUCCAUUCUCUCGUCACUCUCUUUAUGUGGAAGACACGGGCAGUAUGUACCUGAUCCACACACCCGGCGGGAUCAGCAUUCAGUGGUACCACAGCACUGGCAUCAUGGUGCUGCAGUACAGCACUGCCCAUAAUGCAUCUGUGCCUACCCGAGGCCUUUGUGGUUGCUGUGACGGGAACCCAGAAGAUGACCUGAAACUGCCAAAUGGCACUGUGGUCAGAGAGGUGGGAGACAUGAUGGUGUUCCUGCAGGCUUGGAGAGUCCACACCACCGAUGAGACCGAGCACACACGUCGGGUCGGAGACAACUGCACCAUAGGGGACUGCUCCACUUGUCUCUCCAUGCUUCACCAAAGAACCUUCACACCAUGUCACAACAAGGUACCUCCAGAGCAGUUCUGUGACAUCAUGUGGGCAGGGGAUCUCCACUACAAGGAUCACCAGUGUGACUUUCUGGCCGCGUACGUUGCGGUUUGUUACACACAUCAAGUCUGCAUCAGCUGGAGACGACACAACUUCUGCCCGUUAAGGUGCCCCCCUGGUAAGGAGUACCAGCCGUGUGUGAGCACCUGCACCAGCCGCACCUGUCUGAACAGAGAGUACUAUGAGGAGGCUACGUGCUCCUUCAUCAGGGAGGAGUGUGUCUGCCGCACUGGAACCAUCCUUCACCGCGCCGACUCCCCGUACUGUGUAACUGAGGAUCGCUGUGUGUGCACAGAUAACGGUGGGAACCCCCGCGCCCCAGGGGAGGUGUGGAAUGGUUCUACUCGCAGCUGCUGUCUGUAUAAGUGCAUGGAGAAUGGUUCUGUGGUGGCUGUGGAACCCGAGUGUGGUUCUGUCCCGACCCCACUGUGUGAGAGAGAGGGAGAGUAUGUGCUGGAUGUGCUGGAGGAGGGAGCCUGCUGUCCAAAGAAGAUCUGUGAGUGCAACAUGACCAUCUGUGACAGUGAAGCGCCACCCUGCGAUAAUGGCAACCGACUAGUGAUUGGUUACAGCGCUCUGUCCUGCUGUCCAGAGUACCGAUGUGAAUGCGAUCCAAUGGCGUGCCCUCCUGUUUCUGCCCCCAACUGCAGAGAAGAUCAGUUUCUGGUGGAGGUCAGGGGAAGCAAACCCUGCUGUUACUCUUACCUGUGUGUGUGUGAGUCGUGCAUUCAGCCCAUUCCGACUUGCUCACGUGGAGAAAUUCUGGCUGUGGAUCCAAACACCACCAACAGCUGUUGUCCACAGUACUAUUGUGUGUGUGAUGCCAACAUGUGUCCUGAAUCAUCUCUCAGCUGUGCCCCUGGUCUUUCUUUAGUUCAAACUCCUGUCUCCGGGCAUUGCUGCCCUCAGCACCACUGCGAAUGCCAGUGUGAGGACAGCUCUCUCCUCAGCUGUCAGGUGGGGGAGGUGCUGGUUGUUGUUCCAGAUAACAGUUCCGACUGUGGCUGCCCUCAGCAUAUAUGCAGGAGGGCAGAGGUGUGUGUGUUCCAGGGGCUGACCGUGCUGGGCCCUGGUCAGUCUCUCGUGCAGUACUUUGAGGGAGAAUUAUGUUACACUGUUCACUGCCUGCAUCACAUGGAUCCAGACACUGGUUUCAAUGCCAUGGAAAUCACAUCUAUCAAUUGCUCUCAGAAAUGUGGACCACACCAGGUGUAUGCACCAUCCUCUGACCCUCAGGUGUGCUGCGGCUCCUAAAACAUCUCUUGUACUUUCACCAAUGAAAUGGGACAACAGAGCUUUCACCGUAAGAGCGAUUACGCAGGAAGUUCCUGGGUGGAGAAUUGUACUCGUUAUGACUGCAUGGAAACGACAGUAGGAGCCGUGAUCCUUGCCUCUGGAGUGGUUUGUCCUCCUUUCAAUGAUACGGAAUGUAUUCAGAAUGGUGGUGUAGUUCAGAGCUACGUGGAUGGCUGCUGCAGGACAUGUAAAGAGGAUGGCAAGACCUGUAAGCGUGUGGCUAUCCGUACCACUAUUCGAAAAGAUGACUGCAGGAGUAACGCACCGGUAACCGUAUACUCCUGUGAUGGGAAAUGUCCAUCUGCCACCAUAUUCAACUUUAACAUCAACAGCCACGCCAGGUUCUGUAAGUGCUGCCGUGAGAGUGGACUGCAGAGCCGCUCGGUCAUGCUGUACUGCUCCCGUAACGCCACAGUGGUGGAGUACAACUUCCAAGAGCCUCUGGACUGUUUGUGCCAAUGGAACUAAAUAGACAGCCCAGUGUAUUAUAAUAAU